AGUUUCGAACCGAGGGCUUUUUGCGUACGAACCUUUGCCCUCAAGAUCAAAAAAGGUCCGGCACAGAUCGAGGGGGAGACGAGCGGAGAGAUCUCUUCUGCAAAAUGGUGGCGAAACCGAUUGCGAGUCCGAUUCCGGUGACCAUGUAUCCCACAUUAGCGGUUUUCACACUGGCCAUUGGCCUCUUCAUUACCGCUUCGUUCUUCAUCUAUGAAGCUACAUCCUCUAGAAAAAACCGAAGCCUCGGAAAGGAGCUUGUGACCGCGGCAAUAGCGUCUGUCUUCUUGGGUUUCGGAUCGUUGUUUCUGCUGCUAGCUAGCGGUGUUUAUGUCUGAUCCUCGCAACCUGUUGUCCGAAAGACGGCGACCUUUUUUUUUUGUUUACGCGAUUCUUAGUUAUAGAUUAUCGAUGUCAGUGUUACCGCGAUUCAGUUGGAAAAGCACCAUGAACGCUCAUCUUAGCGUUUUGAGGUCCAAAAAGACGUGUGUUUUCUGAUUCAUUCGUUCACAUCUUGGCGUUUCCACGAACGCAAGUCUUCAGCGUUUACGACUCGGGUCCUCAAUGCGCGUUGCGUUAAUGAAUCUCGAAAAUAUUUCAUGA